CAGAAAUGGAGGAAGAGGAUCUGGAGACGACCGGGGGCGCUGCUUCGGAGGCCACGAAUGGAGCACAGACGGCGAAAGCGGUCGAGGAGAAUACAACCGACGCGGGCAAUAAGUUCCAGCAGGCAGUGGCAGCAUGGCGGUCCUUGAACCUGACGACGCUGGUGUCGAGCCUGGAUACCACUGCCGAGGACAUGGUGACGCAGCAGAAGGACUCCUUGGUCAAGCGAAAAGAGCUGGCCAGCAAGACAAAAGAGUUCAAGAAGAUGGACGACAGCGCCAAAUUGACAGAGAUGGCGGGCCUGCUCAAGAUGUACCAAGGAUACAUUGACCUGCUAUCCCAGCAAAACAAGGCCGUCUCGGCCGCCUUCAUGUCCGCCUACUCUCCUCUGUCCGAAGCGCCAGACCCGUAUCCGCUGCUGGAAGCAUCGAUUGACUCCCUGGUCACCGCCGACGAGGUUGUGCCGAGGCUAGAGUCAGAAAACGAGCGCUUGCAGAAACAGGUGUCGAAGCAGAACACGCAGUUGGAAGAGCUCGAGCAACAGCUGGAGCGUGAGCGCAACACGAGGCAGUCAUUCGAGGGCUCACAGGAUAGCAAGAUUAAGGAGGUGGAAGACUCGUGGUCGGCUGUGCUGAAAGAAAAAGAGGACAAUUGGAUUUCGAAGGAGCGCAGUCUGGAGGAAAAGGUCGAGAACCAGAAUCGACUCCUGAAGGAGCUCAAGGCCAGCUACGAGGUGUCGCAGAGGCUGGAUCGGACGGGCGAGGAGAGUCAUGACACGGGGCGAAAUGCUGCAGCUGCAGCUGCGGAGCUGGACAUUGUGAACCAAGAGCUGGAGCGGGCGAAUCUCAGAUUGGCAGAGGUCGAGGCCCGCAACGAGCAGAUGCGUACAGAGCUUGCGCAGUCCGCCAGCCAGUCCAGCGCAGCCAAGAGUAGCUCUGUGGAAGACGAUCCGGCCUACCUGCGCUUACGAUCGGAAAAUUCGUCCCUCCUUCGCAGACUGGACGCUUCUCGACACGACCGGGACUCGGACAAGGUGAAGCUUGAGAGCACAUUGCGAAGUCUGGAGAGGGAAGUCAAUAUACUCAAAGCAGAUCGCGAUGCGCUGCAGAGCAGAGUGCAGAAAUGGAAAGACUAUGAUGAGGUCAAACGUGAGCUGGACAUGCUGCGAGCCAUUGAAUUUUCGAGUAUAGAUGAUGCCGAUGUCGCAGACAACACAGGCACGAAUGGAAAGGCCGGAGAAAGCAGCCUGGAGCAGCUUCUCGUGGCGCGGAACAAGAAGCUCAGCGAUGAGUUGACAGAACUGAGAGUUUCACACCGAGAGCUGCAGCAACGGCUAGAGCAGCUGCAAGAGGAUCUUUCGGGCACCAAUAUGGAGUUGGAGCAGACACAGAAGCUGAACGCGACUCUCGAGAACGACUUGCAGAAGACUCAGCAAGAGGCAAGCAACGCCUUUGAGACCAUGUCUGUGGCGGGAACAUAUACGUCGCGAUAUCCCAAAUCACAUUAUGGCAGUCGGCGAGGGAGAGCCGCAUCACCUACCUCGUCCAUCAUUGGAGGUUUCGAGCCGACCGAGAGUGGUUCGCAGUCACCUCGGCUGGGAAACACACUGGAGUCGCUUCGCGCUGGUGAGGCUGUGGGAGGCGGCUCGGGCAUCCUACCCAUGGUCACAGCGCAACGCGAUCGUUUUAAGAAGAAAAUGGGCGAACUGGAGCAGGAACUCCAGAAGCAAUACCAGACCGUGUCUUCGUUGCGCGGAGAAGUCGCAAGUCUCCAAAAGGACAACUUGAAUUUGUAUGAAAAGACUCGCUACGUGAGUACGUACAACAGAACCGCCACUAGCGGCGCCUCAUAUGCCGGCAACCCGAAUCCAUCGACUGUCGUGAUCGGCAGUGGCAGCGACGCUCGAUACAAAUCUGCCUACGAAGCAAACAUAUCGCCCUUUCAGGCGUUCCGAGGCCGGGAAUCUGCAAGGGCCAUGAAGAGAAUGUCUCUGCCCGAACGUGCGGUGUUUCAGCUGACGCGAAUGGUCUUGGCCACACGGACGAGUCGAAAUCUUUUCGCGCUGUACUGUGUCGGACUGCAUCUGCUGGUCUUCAUGAUGCUGUACUACAUGGGCUCUGCAGACACGACGGCUCACGCGAGCAGUUUGAGCACGAGUACACUCAAGGAGCAGGUCGAGGCUGUUGCUGCUGCUGGCGGAGCCGAAGCUCAUGGAGAUUGGCAGGCGGCGGGAUUUGAGGCUGGAGGGUAGGGUACCUUGGGUACAUGUACAUGUAGGAUGAAAUGCCCUCUUCCUCUUUCAACAAACGCUUGCGGCUUUUUGACGCUUGGCUCAACGAUUGCAAACCCACGUGACCAUAUACUUACUGUAUAUACAUGGAUAUCAACAAAAUCUGGACAGAAAAGAAGAAAGUUUGUCUCGACCACGAGGUUUAUUAUUAUCGAUGCUACAAAUAUCUCUCCUGCUCAGUCGUGCUGCCAAAGCAACACGACUUAAUGGACUUUUUCUUUUCAAAACUGAAAAAAAGAGGCCCCAGAUUCUUCACUUCUGCCGAGUUAGGCGACAAGAAGAGAAGAAACCCGAGAAAAAGCCCAGUCCAUUAUAUUUUUUUGAUUAUUCCAUGUUUCCGUGUUGUUUCCCUUGUUUGCUUUCUUUCAACAUCGUAGCAGUAUCCAGAAAGAGGAAGAGAGAAAGAGGGAAACCUUGUCGACCAAAAGCGGAUUGAGAUUGAUGAUGACCCGCUUAGAUCAGCUGAACGGAGCACGCGCUGUACAGCGUUCCGUUCUUCUGCACGGAGCAGGCCGAGUAGAGGGUGCCGUUCUUCUGCACGGAGCAGGCAGAGUACAAGGUGCCGUUCUUCUGCACGGAGCAGGCGCUGUACAAAGUACCGUUGCCCUGGAGAGCGCAGGCGGAGUAGAGGGUGCCUGAGAGAAAUAUGUCAGCAUGUUAUAUACAUAAGUGUGUCUGGGAUGAGUUCGUGGCAGGACGAUCGCCGGAGUUACGUACCGUUGCCCUGCAGAGUGCAGGCAGAGUAAAGAGUUCCGUUGCCCAUGUUGAGUUUUGAGGUGUUGGUUUUGUGGUUAAAAGCUGACGGAGAAAUGUUAGUUGGAA